UGCAGGAUUGUGGUUUGCUGAUUCAGCCAGAGGAAACCUGUGGGUUACAGCCUAUUUCCUCUGACUACAUUGAAGCCAUUUCACAGCCCGAACUAAAGACUUGUCCAUCUGGGGAUACAAAAGGCCAGUGGAUCGUGCCUUGCCUUAGUUGUUCAGACAACAGGACCUGUGACUGGAGAGAAGUCACUUGGCAGCCCCACCACUGCCAAUACGGUGUCCUGACCAAGCCUCAACUCCAGCAGUGCCUGGGAGGAAGGAAGAUUCUUUUCAUUGGAGAUUCAACCAACAGAGGGAUAAUGUACUAUCUGAUUGAAAGAUUGAAUGAAACCCUGAAGGAAUGGCAGAAGGUGCAUGGCACUAAAUUCUACCACAAUGUCAAUGGAGGAAAGACCUUGAUCAGUUAUUCCUACUAUCCCCAGUUUUGGAUGAGCCCUUCAUUGAGACCAACAUUUGAAAAAGCCCUUGAACAUCUCUUGCAAAGAUCAGGUCCCCUGGAGAAUACCAGUCAGACUGUAUUGGUUGUUGGUGGUGUUCAGUGGCUUAAUUCCAAUCAUCUGCAAAUUAUUCACAAGGUUUUAAAGAGGGAAAACUUACUCAAUAUCCUUGUGAUCAUCAAAACGUUGGGAAUUGGAUUUCAUUUGCCAGUGGAUGGAGUACACUUCUUAACCCAGAGUGAAGUUCAGAAUUUAUGGAAAAAAAAUUUGAUUAUCCUGGAAGCUGCUAAAAAAUAUGGCUAUGAAGUGGUUGACACAUUCUCUAUAACCAUGGGGCGACACAAAGAGUUUUUGCAGGGGACGUGCGGGUGUCAUUUCCAUGAGGUGGUGAAAUCAAAAUUAUCCAAAGAAGAUCACUUUCUUAAAAUGAAACAAUCAAGAAAUCAUAUUGUGGGAAAAUAUUUCAGCAAUCAAAGCAAAUUACGACAAAGACGACAAGACUCUAUGACAAAUGUUCAAUCACCGUUUCAUGUCAGAGGUCCAAUUAAUCAGGUUUGCUCUGAAAUCCUUCUCAGCAGGAUGUGUGCCAGUGAAAGAACUGUGGAGGCCCUGCAGAAGGACUGAACUUGGAAUUGGAUACAAGCCACUCCCCUGGACAAUGGUCUAAGCCCCAAAUCCUGGUCAUCAGGUGUAUUUUGGUUCUACCACACACACUCAGGCGCAUGAGCAUACACAUACACACUGAUGCACAUUUAGCUAAAAAAAAAAAGUCAUUACACUUUUUUGUACAGCUUUAUAAAAUCAGGAUGUGCACUUGGAAAUAAGUUGGUAUCAAGAUGAAAGACAGAACUAGAAAAAGGUGACCUGAAAUAUAAUCAUAAACUAGAUCCACUGUAGGCUGGUAUUGCACUGUGAUGAUAAAGAGAAAUAUAGACAUUUGAUAAGUGGGGGAAAAGAUCAUGUUCUUGAGUAUUGUGUUAUCAUCUUUAAUGGUACCUUAAUAUUGAAAAUGGUUUGAGGAAUUACAUUUCACCUGCCAGUUGGGAUUUUGCUGUGCUUGCCCUUACCAGGAGAAAACGUGGCAUAGAUGAGGGUUUAGGCUUUGUGAAUCUAAUGCUUAUGAAAACAGUUUCUUCCUAGAUUUUUAAAUCCUUUAACUGAAAGGAAAAGAACAGGAAUGUUCCUCCAGGGAAUUCUAAGAGAUUCUAUGAAAGAAAUAGGAAAUAUAAUAUUUUACAGUUAAAACACCAAUAUAUUUAACUUUGCACUCUUUCUACUUUUCAUAAACAUUCCCUCCUAGCCUGUCCAUGAACUUGGAUGGGUAACUGAAGUCUGAGUUGAUUAAGUAUGUAAUAUUAAAGUGAGAAAAACAAAAUAUAGUUCCUUAUGGGUUACUUUGUUAGUUUCAUUGAUGAUAUUACUUAAGAAAAAAGCUUUUGUUUGCUAUUAGAGCCCUAUAUAAUUUAAGACUGUGAGUAUAUUAAUAUUUUAUGUAAAUAUUUUGCAAAGUAUUAAGCAUUCUCAACUGCAUAAGCAUUUAUAUCCAGAAAGCAUUCAUAUAUGUCCACAAAUAUUACUGUUGCUAGUAAACAUAUUUUGAUUUUCCUGAGAGAGUGUAUCUAAUCCAAAUUUAGAAUAGACAUACGAUUAGUUUUUAUAAAACUGUGGCAUAUAUAUAUAACAUAUCUAAUCCUAGUAAUUGAAAACUUUCUCUUCUAUAUUUUAAAAUGGUAAAUUUCUUUAUUGUGCAAAAGCUUUGUUGUGAGAUAACAUCUCACAGUUACAAUGACUCUUAAAGGAUUAUUUUUCUUUUGGGGAAAAAAUACUGAGAGGGCUAAUUCAGUGCUUAGCUGAAAUUACCAAAUGCACAAAUACCUCAAUUCCAAUACUAUACCAAAAACAAAUCUAUUUUGAUUCAUCAGUUCUUUAGUAUAAAUAUAAACUUCCUUUAAAUACUCUAUUUUUAUAUAUAUUUUUAUAUGAAAGUAAACAUAAAGUUAUAUUUAACGGUCUUAAAUUAUAUCUAAGCACAAAUAUCACUUGAUAUAAACAAUUAAUACCUGUGUCUAAAAACAGGUGAUAAAUUUUUUAAAUGAGCGGUACAGAAUUAACUUUUAAAAUGAAAUAUUUUCUAGUAUCUACAGCUAUUUGUAAGCAUCAUUUUUUGGGUUUUAGUGCUUUUUUAAUGAUAUAAAAUGUUGCCAAUUCAUGUAGCUCCUCCAUCCUGUUUUAAUGUAUUACAUAUUCUGUAACAGAAUUAUAGUCAGUGGAUAUUUCUUAUAAUUUACUGCCGACCUGACUGUAAUACAUUUCUGACCGAAGUUAGCUUUGCAUUUACCUCUUUACCAUUGAAAUACUAGUGGAUUUUAGAAACAACUGUAAUAAUACAAUUAAUAAAUGUCUUACUGGUAA